CUUCUAACUUUUUUGCUGGCAUCGCCUUCGCUAUAUUUGUAACUUAUCCAUAUCUAUGCUUGUACCUUGAACACUGCUUGUACCUUGAACACUGCAUCUCAAUUAUUUCUUCUUUUCUUUUCUUUUUCGCACAAUCUUAUUCUUUAAGAUCGUUAAAACUAUCAAGCAUCUCUUAUGAGGACCAAUCUUUGUUAUGUUGACAGAUGUGGAUUCUUGGAAACCCCAUAAAAAUAGAAGGUUCUGAAUUUUCCAAUACGAGGGCUAUCUACAUAUGCAACCAUGCAUCACCCCUUGAUAUUUUCCUUGUCAUGUGGCUGACUCCAACUGGCUCGGUGGGCAUUGCCAAAAAGGAGAUAAUAUGGUACCCAAUGUUUGGCCAACUAUAUGUGUUAGCCAAUCAUCUCCGUAUUGAUCGCUCCAACCCAGCUGCUGCAAUUGAGUCUAUGAAAAAGGUUGCUCAGGCCAUUGUCAAGAAAAAUUUAUCCUUGAUAAUUUUUCCGGAGGGAACUCGGUCGAAGACCGGAAGGCUUCUUCCCUUUAAGAAGGGCUUUGUACACAUAGCAUUGCAGUCCAAGUUGCCAAUAGUUCCCAUGGUUUUGACGGGCACUCAUCUAGCUUGGAGGAAGAACAGUCUCCGUGUGAGACCAGCCCCACUCAAAGUAAGAUACCUACCACCAAUAAAAACCAUUGAUUGGGAAGAAAAGGAUAUUAAUAAAUACGUAGAGAUGGUGCAUGAUUUGUACUUACAACACCUACCAGAAUCUCAAAAGCCUUUGGUAACCGAAGGUAAGAAUAUCAUAAGGGAAUCUUAGGCUUUCUUUGGGACAGCUUUCUUACUGUUUUUUAAAGUAUUUUUUCAGUACAAAAAUGUUAACUUUUGUACUAGAAGGCUGCUUUUAGAAGCAAUAAGAAAGCCGUCCCAUGCUUCAUUUAGGACAGCUUCUUUGCUACUUUCUAAAACGACUUUUUAAUAAAAAAAAUAGUUUAAAAAGUAGCAAAAAAGUUUUCCCAAAUAAAGCCUUAGUUAAUGAUUAUAUCAUUUUAGAUGUAAUCUUUGUUGUUAUAUCAAUCAGGUUUCCUGUUGACCAUCAGCUUCGAUUACUUCUCUUCAUGAAUGUAAAUUAUUUUGAACUCCUGAUUUGUAAUGGAUGCUUUGAAAUGGGAAUCUGAUAAGAUUUUAAUUACUGUCUA